AUGCAGCUAAACUAUAUCGUUAAACCCAAAAAUAAAAAUGUGCAUAACGAACAAAGCAGGACUUAUGACUUUUUCUUUGUUUCUCCUAAAGCGUCCGUGCUGCCCACCUUCCAAGCUACGCCGUCUGAUCUCUACACCAAAAUCAGUGGCUCGGAAAUUCUGUCCUGUGAAUGUCCAGAUCACUCCUGCCAGGAGGUUUUUUGGUACCGAUACCUUAAGAGGACAAACACUCUUCAGUUCCUAGUGUAUGUCAACAGCGCUGGCAGAGAGCAACAUGGAGAACACCUGAACGUCACUCGCUUCAAGGGCUCCGUGUCCUCUGGACAGAGGGUGGUCUACACCCUGCGUAUAACAGGACUACAGGAGGAUGAAACCGGCCUCUAUUCCUGCAUGUUUAAAACUAAGAAUAUUAUGCCUGUUGGAUAUAACAUAAUGCCUGGAGUGAAUCCUCCAACAGUUCAGCCGCCAACAGUUAAGACCAAGAAACCUGUGAAGAUCUGUAAUUGCAAACCCUCCAAUUCUCCUAAAGGCUGUGAAAAAUUUGUGCUUUGGCCGGGCAUUGGUACUCUUCUGCUUUUGGCCAUUACACUUGCGGGCACACUUUACUACUUCAGUCGUCUACCUAAGAAGUGCAGACAUCGAUUUACCAAGACGAAUCCAUUGCGAUGAGGUGGAAGAACACACUCUUCACGUCGAAACAAAUGCAGUGGUCCUGUGGACCUGUAGAAUUUUGCCAUGGCUUUAAUAUCAAAUAUAUUGGGUUUUAGAAUGUAAAAAUGUGUAAAUAAAAAUAAUAGCUUACAUUGUCAGUUUAGUGUUUCAUCUGACAUUAUUCAACUAACAGUCCACUUAAUGAAUUAGAUUCAUUGUCUAAUUUGACUGAAUUAAACCAGAGCUGAACAUACCACCAGGAUCACCCCAAAACUGAACUCGGACUAACCUAAACUGUCUUAAUCGAGCUUUGAGUUUUGUUCUUGCCAGCACAGCAUGUUUAA